AUGCCUGUACCAGUAAUUUCGUGUGUUAAGGUAGAUAAAAGCACACAGCGACCCAUUGUUCCAGAAGUUCCCUACAAAAAUCAAUGUGAGCGUGGGCAGAGAGGACUUAGGGGUGAAAUUAUUGACAACUUGAGACAAGUAGCUUUGAGAGCUGUACACUUUGAAGAAACAGACUUGCCUCAAUUAGUUGCUGAAAUAGUUGGGAGCAAGAAAUGGAUAUCCUCCGUUGGUUUCAAUGUGUCAAGUACAGAGAAAAAUCCAAUCUUGGAAUCUCUUAUAAAGGACUACAAAGAGUGCAUGUCCAAAGAAAAGACAAGUGAGGUUAGGAAGAGGGCUGCAGCUCAAAAGGCAAAGUUGUUUAUUAGCUCAACUUUAAAAGAUAGUAGAUUGACAUUGACAGGUGAAAAAACACCACAAACAUUUUGGAGCAGGGUUGUUGCUACUGAAUCUGUAUGA